UAAAGCUUUGUCCUCGCUAUUUCAAGAGAGCGCUGAGGGGGAGAGGAGAGCGAGCUAGGUGUCUCGUGCGGAUUUCACUGACACAAGGCGCACGGAGGACUUUGCAAUUAAACUGUGCUUAUUUUUACGUAGUUUUUGUCAGAUUUACACAGAAAAGAAAGAGAGAGAGAAAAAGAAGUGCCUGGAGAGAAGGGGGGGGAGGAAUAACCAAAACGCAACACGUAUCCGGUGGGAUCUCACUCCUGAGAGAAGCGGCAGGAGUUGGAGCGAAGGGUGCAAGGAAGGCGAAAGGGAGAAAGAAGAAGAAGAAGAGGGGGAAAUUUUUGACAUUUCGCUCGUAACAACGCGUUUGAAUUAAUUAAGAGGAAUAAUGAGAAACGUUUGGAUAAUCUUGACCCUCGGGCUGACCGUCUUCCUCUCCGGGGAAAGGAUAGCAGACGCAGCCAAGACUUCCUCUCAGGCUGAUGACUUGUACCUAGAUGACACAGGCUCAGGAGGUUUCUACCCUGAAGAUGAUGACGACUUUAACUCAGGGUCUGGCUCAGGUGGAGGGGAAGAUGUGGUGGAGGAAACGGUGACUGUCACUAUGGUUUAUAUGGAGCCCAAUGCAGCAGAACCCACCCAGGACUCUACCAAAGAUUUCACCCCCAGGGUAGAGACAGCCACGGUCAGGGAAAAGGCCAGGGACAUCAUACCCAGGAAACCAUUCAGAACAGAGGCACCAGUGCCAGUUACAGAGGACAUGCAGAGGAACCAGCUUACUAGUACAACUAGUGCUCCCGGCUCACCCCAGGAGGCCAUUGAGGUCCGCACUGAAAACCUCUUCCAGAGGACAGAGGUGUUGGCAGCUGUUAUUGCAGGCGGCGUGAUCGGCUUCCUGUUUGCCAUCUUCCUCAUCCUCCUCCUGGUCUACCGCAUGAGGAAGAAGGAUGAGGGCAGCUAUGAUCUGGGAGAGAGGAAACCCUCCGGCGCAGCCUAUCAGAAGGCCCCAACCAAGGAGUUUUAUGCAUAAAAAAACCUCCCGUCAUCAGAUCAGCAAAAUCGCGAGUGACUGUUGAAAACACAGUCCACGACAACAGCAAACCUGUUCAAACACGAACAACAAGAAUCAACAACAAAUUGUUUUCGUUUUGUUGUUGAUUUAAGGAAAAUAGCAUACAUGGAAAGCUUUUGCAUAGAGUAUUGUUAUUAAGACCUUUUCUUUCUUCUUUAAAAAAAAAAAAAAAAAAAAUAUGAAAACCAAGCAUUUCUCAUUCUAUGGCAAAAUCUCAGUGUAUUAAAACAUUGUGUGUAUUAUUUGAAAAGGCUGAAAAAAUAUUAAACAGAGGCAAGGAAACUAAUCACAUCUGUCUUCUGUCAAAGGAGCGGUUUCUAGUCACUGACUACUCUUAACUGUAGCAGUAUAUUAUUUGUAAAGAAAACAAAUUUACAAGUGGAAAUAAUUGAAUAUAAUUAUUCUGUAUCAAUCCUACUUUCUUGUUUUUCUUUUUCUUUUGUCCUAGCAUGUCUGUUGUUGAUCUCUAAAGGUGUAUUACAUUAAUUUAUCUUUUCUCUGAUGUUAAAAAAAAAAAAAUGCCUUUGUAGUUUUGAUGAAGCUCUUUGGUCUUCAUAUUAACGCUGUUAACGGUCAAUGUAAAUGUUCUCCCUUCAGGUUACAAUGUUUAUUAUUUGUUCUCACAUCAGUUUUUAAGUCAAAUGUGAGCAUUUCAUUAUGUCUUUGUUUAUUUGUUUGUUCUCUUCUCUUUAGCCUUUUUUUUUCAACAGCAUUUUAUUUACAGUACAUACAAGGAACAGGUCUUUAAACGAUAAAAAAAUAAGCGUGUCAGAGCUCGAAAAAAAAACAAACAAAAAACGCAAAUCUCGCUUCUGUUAUGUCUCGCUGAACUUCUUUUCUAUUUAAAUGCAAUGCUCUUUCACAUCGCACAUUCACUGCUUUUGCUUCCCACUGCUGUGGUGCAGCUUUGAGUGUUCGUGGAGUUUUUUGGGGGUGAAGUUUCUGCACCGUGGCUUGUUGUGUUUUUGGCCCAUAGCCACCUCCCCCCCCCCCCACCCCCGAUGUGUCCCUUGAGUUUAGUGACUGCACACAAACUCUGCUGGCACCCUUUCACCCUAACAUCUCCUCCCCCUCUCUCUGUUUACCCUAACCUCCCUCACUCCCACCUUCUUUUUACUCAGAUCACUCCCCUUCUCAGCUCCAUGGAGCCACCUGUGUAGCCUGGUGUUAUUGUCCCUGUCCCAGUGUUGAUGCUUUAGGCCCAAAGGUCUGCUCACUAAAGGCUACUGCUUGGACACAAACACACCAGACCCGGGCCCAAUCCCCACAUGCAGAGCACAUACCUCUGCAGAAAACAACCCCCAAACCCCCCCCUCUAGAAACCUAGUUUUUCUUCAGAGGGAUUGAUAAAUAUGGCUGCACAGAAAAUGUAAGACUCGUGUUAUGUCUGAAUAGUCUUUGACAAGACACUCACGUUCAGGGCUACUCAUGUUUCUUUCUUUAGUGGUCAGUGCACGCAUUUCAAAAGAGCUUCUGUUGAGAAAUUGAGGUUGUUUACCAGGUUUAAAACCUGAGUUUAACCCAAUAAAAGGCCACAAAAUGGCUGCAGCAAAAUAGCCACGUAGCUACAUCAAAUGAAAACAUUACGGUUGCAUGACAACAAGUUACUGUCUAUUUUUUUUUAAUGUCAUGUCUACAUGACCUUGCUUUGAAGAGACGCGCGUGUUUUGUCCGUCAGGUUUGUGAAGUUGCCUUUUUCAGCUGUACAGUAAUGUGAAGUAGACACAGUAGAUGCAGUGACAUCAUCUAAACUCCUAACACCACCCACACAAAGCUGUUCAUCCCUCUACAUCUCCAUCUCUCGUGUUCUUCUUUCAAUCCAUCUGUGAUCCUGUUGUUGUCCACUACCAUCCUCUUCUCCCCAUCUCUGUUGUCUGCUCUUCUCAUAGCACCUAAGGUACUGGACUAUUCUGAAAAACCCAAAGACUCACAGUAUUUCUACUCCCACCAUCCUCCCGGAUCCAGACCCCUCCACCAUGGCCACAUCAUGUUGUUUCCUCAUUCUCUUUUAGUGUUUUUUUUCUCUCUCUCUCUAUUAGAGACCUGACCGUUGAGUCCAAUUGCUUAUUAGUAUAUGAAAAGAUAUAUAAAUAUAUAUAAAUGUAUAUUCACAAAUGUUUUAAACCUUCAAAGUGCCUACCAUUUGGAAAUGUACUUGCUCAAGGUGAGCAUGUGGCGGGUGUGUACACAAAGGAGGGGUGUAAACGACUUGACUGGCAUUCUCUGAGCAUGGAUGACUGUAAUGGUAACUUUUUUUUAGUCUUACAAAAGCUGACAGUAUUGUACCUAUAAGUUGAAACAACACUACUGAAUAAACAUUGUGGCCUAAUA